AGUGAGAAGAUGGCGGAGGAUGAGCGGAAUGCCGAGGCUGAGAAACUCAAGGAGAAGGCGAAUGGUUAUUUUAAAGAAAAAGACUACGAAAAUGCAAUCAAGUAUUACACCGAGGCGUUGGAGCUGAAUCCAUCCAGUGCCAUCUACUUCAGUAACCGCAGCCUCGCGUACCUGCGCACCGAGUGCUAUGGCUACGCCCUGGCGGACGCCACCCGUGCCCUGGAGAUCGACAAGAACUACAUCAAGGGCUACUAUCGGCGAGCCACAUCCAACAUGGCACUGGGAAAGUUCAAGGCCGCCCUUAAAGAUUACGAGACGGUAGUGAGGGUGCGGCCCAACGACAAGGAUGCCAAGUUGAAAUAUCAGGAGUGCAACAAGAUCGUAAAGCAAAAGGCCUUCGAGAGAGCCAUCGCCAGUGAUGAGCUCAAACGAUCAGUAGUGGAUUCUCUAGACAUCGAGAACAUGACGAUCGAGGACGAGUACAUAGGCCCUAAACUUGAAGACGGUAAGGUAACAGUGAAGUUCAUGAAGGAGCUGAUGGAAUGGUUUAAAGAGCAAAAGAAACUGCACAGAAAGUGUGCUUACCAGAUGCUGGUUCAAGUAAAAGACAUUUUAUCCAAACUUCCCAGUCUUAUUGAAAUUUCAUUAAAAGAGUCAGAGAAAAUAACGAUUUGUGGUGACACACAUGGUCAGUACUACGAUCUUCUGAACAUCUUCGAGCUGAACGGCUUACCAUCUCCAACCAACCCAUAUCUGUUCAACGGUGACUUUGUAGACCGUGGCUCCUUCUCAUUGGAGGUCAUUCUCACGCUCUUUGGCUUCAAGCUGCUUUAUCCUGACCACUUCCACCUACUGAGGGGUAACCACGAGACGGAUAACAUGAACCAGAUGUAUGGCUUCGAGGGUGAGGUCAAGGCCAAGUUCACAGCACAGAUGUUCCAGCUGUUCAGCGAGGUCUUCCAGUGGCUUCCGCUUGUACAGUGCAUCAAUAGUCAAGUUUUGGUGAUGCACGGUGGUCUGUUCAGCGAGGAUGGUGUAACCUUAGACGAUCUUAGAAAGAUCGACAGAAACAGACAGCCGCCAGACUCAGGUCCUAUGUGUGAUCUCUUGUGGUCAGAUCCACAGCCACAGAACGGGCGGUCCAUCAGCAAGCGAGGCGUGAGCUGUCAGUUUGGGCCUGACGUCACCCAGCGCUUCCUGGAGCAGAACAAGCUGCAGUACAUCGUGCGCAGUCAUGAGGUGAAGGCUGAGGGAUAUGAAGUCACUCACUCAGGGAAGUGCAUCACGGUCUUCUCCGCACCCAACUACUGUGACCAGAUGGGUAACAAAGGAGCCUACAUUCACCUCAGGGGAUCUGACCUUAAGCCUGAAUUCCACCAGUUCACUGCUGUGCCUCAUCCGAAUGUAAAGCCCAUGGCGUACGCCAACUCCCUCAUGCAGCUGGGAAUGAUGUAGCCGUACCACUCGGUUUCACAGCAGCUGUGUUAAUCUCAAGCCCACGCCCAACCCCUCCAGACACGUCACACUCUCUCCAUUCCUGUUUUGCACAAGCGGUUACGUCUCUCCCGCACACAAGCGCUCCGAUCCAGACAGUCCUCGGUCCAGCGGGAAGACGAGCUCGAGCGUGCCGAGACAGGAACAGCCAAGCUGGAACUUCUGUUUGUAAUUCACUUCAUUUUGAUACGAAUCAAUUUCACUUUCCUCCGUCUUGUUUCCCCCUCAGCUGCGUAGAGCUGCUAGAUUUUUAAUGCAGUAUUUAUGGUCGAUUGUAUGUCGAACCCGAGGCGCUUGAUCGUACCAAAGACCUGGAGGUCCCGUGCAGCAGACGGCUCCCAGACAGAGGGCCGACAACAGGCUCGCUUAGGGCCUCGCCAUCAGAAUGAUUGUAAAUGUGAGCCACUUGCUACAUACGGGUCCUAAAUUUGAACCGAAUUGGAAAUGUCUGCUUUUGCCUCCCCUCCACACACACACCCACACACCCCUCCUGUUUUUUAAAGAGGCUUUUUGGAAGGGAAAAUAGUGGGUUCAGCGAUUCUGUAGCAGUAAAAUUCUUGCUAGGAAUUUGUAUCAUCUUUGUAGAUUAUAGUGGCGGUCUUGAGAUACGGCCAAACGUAUUUGGACACCACCAUGAGCUUGUUGGACGUCCCAUUCAAAAUGCAGAUCUUUUCAGCCAGAACAGCCACUUAUUUAAGAAUGUCUGUGGGAGUUUGUGCCCAUCCAGUCAAAAGAUGACGGUAUCUGUAUGGCUGGGCACUGAUAUUGGUCAAGAAAGCCUCAACUGAUGUUCCAGUUCACUCCAAAGCUGAUCAGUGGGGCCAAGGUCUGGACUCUGUGCAGGCUAGUGGAGAUUCUUUAUGUAAAGAUACACAGAUACAAAAAAUAGAAGGGGUGUCCCAAUAUUUUUGUCCAUAUAGCGUACCAUUCGUAGUCCAUGUCUCGUCCGUCAUAUAAUUGUACUGAAUGAGACAGCUGUACACCUUACGCACACGGUACCCUCUUUCCGGUAGUUACUCGAUCGUUUUUGUUCGUGCCAUCAAUCAUAAAGAGGAAACCAGUAUUGCUGGGCUUAGCUUCUGGUGGCAGCAACCACAUGCGUAUCUCUCCAACUCAUUCGACUGAAGUGCACCGGGUAUAGGCGUAGUACCCCACUGUACAACCUCGUAGCUAAAUCUGCCCUUCUCGCCAGUGUGGGUUAAGAUCUGAAACCCCACCCUCCUAUCUUAAAACGCACAGCAACCAUACCCUCUGUCCUUGACUUUUUAGAUAAUGUUAUAUGCACAAAUGUGUAUGUAUGUACAGUGUAUACUGUAACAUUCAAAUCCCUGUGUACAUGUUGGAAAAAAUGUUGAAUAAAAAACACCUCCAGUCAA